AUGAAUGUUUUUUGUUUGGCAAAAGUAAAUAUAUUUAGGUUUACCAUUAUUCUGUAUCCAGUUUUAUUUUGGUUAUUGUUAUGGUGCAGAGGAUGCACGUGUUCUUACUCUAUUGCAUCAAGUAGUCUAACAGAAAGUGAUCAAAUUAAAUAUUCCUGUGAAGGAGAUCUUAUACCAAAUUCUGAAGAAAGAAAUGAACUAGAUACGAAUGAACAAGAGGCACUCAUUUCUGAGGAAAAUGAUACAACAAAUUUUAUAGAAAAAGGGGAAGAGUACAAUGAGGGUAUAAUUAAUAUUUUGAGUAAAACUAAAAAUGAAAACUGUGAUGACGUUGAGGAACUAAAAAUAGAUGAGUCAAAAUUAAUUGGAAAUGCUUCGAGACAAUUAGAAUCUAAAGAUCCAGAAAAAUGUGAAAAACCUAACUUCAAUAAUUUAUUAACCAGUGGAUUUUACACUGAUAUAUCAAUAGGAAAUAAUACUACGAUGAAGUGCUUAAGAAGUAUUUAUUCUUAUGUUACUAAUACUACUAUGGAAAGAGCAAAUAAUUUUCGUAUUAUAUAUACGAAGUUUGCGAAUAGUUUUUUAAAAUUACCUUUUAAAGGAGAAGGAGGAAACUUAUAUGAUAUAAUAAAAAAUAAGAAUAAUUCUCCAUAUAUUAUAAAAGGGCAUAAUAUAGAAUUAUAUAUAAAAAUGUUAAAAAAAAAGUGUGCAAAUACAAAGAAUAUUUUUCAUAUGGAGAAAGAUAAUAUUGCGAAAGCAGAAAAUAUGAUGGAAAAUUUUAAUUUAUUUAUUCACAAUUAUUUAACGGAUCUUUCUGAAACAACUGAAACUAUAACAAAAGUUUCAGAAUUUUACGAAAAUUUUAUGCUAGACGAUAGAAAAUUUAAUUUUAGCUUUUUUAAUGAUUUAUUAGGAAUAAAUAAAUUAAGUAAAGUAAUAUUUUUUUUAUCAUCCAUAUCGUAUGGAAAAUUGGAUGAUUUAAAAAUGGAUAAAGAAGUCCUUGAAAGUCUGAAUAGUCAUAUGAAAACAAUGGAUAUUAUAAUAAAUAAUGCAAAAAAAGAGUAUAAUUUAACGGAAAAAAUUUUUUUUCGUAUUUUUAAAAUGAAAAAAAAAUUCAAAAUGCGCAAGAUUAUGAAUUUUUUAAGAUGGUAUUUUAUUAAUUACGAAAAUAAAUAUGAAUCACGGAAGGAUGAACUAUUAUUAUUAUUUGAAAAUGAUAGAGAAGAAUUAGAAAUAAAAAAGAACUUAAUGGAAGCACUACAAAAUAAUCAAGAAAAUUUAAAAAUGUUUAAGAGAAAACUUUGUUUAGAAGAAAUAAAAAAAACUAAAAGAUUUUCCUUUAGAAAAUAUAAAGAUGAAAAUAAAACGAAUUUUAAAAAUUUAAGAAAUUGGAAUAAUGCAGCUCCUUUACUAGAAAAGUUAAUUUCAAUCAACAAAGUAGUUGAGUUUUUGCUAGUUUUUCAAGAUAUUUUAUCAAAAUUAUAUUUAAAUAUUAGCAGGUUACAAAAUACGAAAUCAGAAGAUGAUGAAAGAAUAAUUUAUGAAAACAUAACUACUAUAUUUAAUUUAUAUCACAAACAAAGAAGUACAUUAAAAUUUUACACUCAGUGGUUUCUCCUUAUAUACAAAAUUAAAGAAAAAUUAAAAGAGUUAGAUGAAUUAUAUUUAGAAAAUAAGUUUAUUUUAGAUAUGAUAAAACAUUGCGUUGAUGAGUGCAAUUAUAUUGCUUUUAAUAAGAAUAGAUUGAAUGAAAAAGAGUGUCGUCAGAGGUCCCAAAUUAUUUACCAUUCAUUAAGUUUUAUUUUAACACGUUUAAUUAAUAAUAAUGGUAUUUUUAUUAAAUAUUUGGCAUAA